CACGCACACGAGUAGGAGGACGCCGUUGGAAGCGCGUUACAUUGAACCAUCCAACGGAGAGCGGACACUCGUACGGCGACCGCGAACGUGAUAACUCCUUUCCUGUUCCUGUUUCUUCCCAAAGGAACACGAAGAAUAAUUCUUUUUGAACUUUCGACGAAAGUGUUCAUUUUCUUGAACAAAACUUCACAAUAUCACGUGGGAACAUUCCGGCACAUCGAUUAUUUUUUUCAAGAGGAUUUGGAGCAUCAGAAACGAAGCUGAUGAUCGGUGUUUCCAACUAAAAUUGACAUACAAGAGCGUCCCUAAUUAACAUACCAAUCGGUACCUUCAACGACUAUAGAGAAAGAGAGAGAGAGAGAGAAGGAGGGGAAGGGAUUAAAUCCACAAACAAGGGAAACAUAUAUCAAUGACAAGCGGAAGAUCAUCGAUACAUAGGUCGACCCGAUGUACUUCGAAAUCCAUUGGCCGAGAUCCAAUGAAGAAUUCAGUGUGGGAAAAUGUGGAAGUAUGAAACUUCCGAGUGGAUUUCCAGUUUAUACGGGCCACCACCACUCGUGUCACGUUUCGAGAGUCAUUAAGGAAAAAAAAUGGGAGCCAACCAAUCGAACAGAAGCGUACCUACUCCAGGAGAAGAAGGUUUGCAUAGUGCAAAAGAGAGACCGUACAGGCAACAUGUAUGCGAUGAAAUACGUCCACAAAGGAGAAUGUGCGGAGAGAGGAGCAUUAAAAAAUGUCGCGAGAGAGGUCGAAAUUCUUUCCAAAUUGGAACAUCCGUGUCUGGUGAAUCUGUGGUUCAGUUUCCAAGACGAAGAGGACCUGUUUAUGGUAUCGGAUUUGUUGUUGGGUGGCGACUUGCGGUAUCACAUACAACAGAAAAUCGAAUUCUCCGAGGAAAGCAUAGUUCUUUUCGUCGCAGAGAUCGCUCUCGCUCUCGACUAUCUACAAAGUCAUAAGAUUGUUCACAGAGACAUCAAACCUGACAAUAUCCUGUUGGACGAGGAGGGGCAUGCACGCGUGACGGACUUCAAUAUUGCCACUGAAUUGGAGGAUGGACAAUUGGCAACUUCGAUGUCAGGCACGAAGCCGUACAUAGCGCCAGAGAUUUACAUGUGCUCGUGCGAGGAAUACGGUGUCCUUGGCUAUGGAUUUGCCGUCGAUUGGUGGAGUUUGGGAAUUCUCGCUUGGGAGACUUUGGCCGGUGAACGUCCUUAUCCUCUUCACUCAACGACUUCUUACAGAGAGGCUCUGAGGAUUUUGCAGGAAGAAAGGGGAAAGCCAUCUCACUGGAGUUCUGCAAUAUGCGACCUCUUAGACAGAUUGUUAACUUUAGCACCAGGUGCUAGGGUCUCGACUUUAAAGGAACUCAAGCAGAUUGCAGUGAUAAGAAGUUUGGACUUUGAUAAAAUAUUGAACAAACAGAUAAAACCACCCUUUGCGCCACCAAAGGAUCAUCUCAAUUGCGAUCCCACGUUCGAACUCGAGGAGAUGAUUAUCGAGGCGAAGCCAUUGCAUAAGAAAAAAAAACGUUUGACCAAACAAAGAUCCAUCAGAGCCGAAUCGACGGCAGACGAUGCUGUGAAAUUUGCGGAAGGUGACGGUGUGGAUCUAAGAAGAUUGGCCUUUAUCCCAGAAUAUCGCGUGUACAAUCGUGAAAGAGAAAUGGAGAGAUUGGAGAGGGAACGAAAGGAGAAACAAUGGGAGGAGGAACUGAACACUGCCAUGAUGGGUGCCGAUGAGACGCCAAACAGGAGAGAAGAACAGCAACAGCAAGAGCAACAGCAACGCCAACAGCAACAACAACAGAAAGCACAGAAAAGUGGGAACAGAUUGAACGUCUCGAACGUGAAAGCUCGAAUCAGUGUUUCUCCUAGACUUAAUCGAAGGGCGAGCACUGCGACGUCCUCCGACAUCGAUUACAUCGAUGCCAGCCCUGAACCAUCUACAUCUUAAUUAACUCAAUCAUUUUUUACAGGAAUCUUAGAAAACAACAGUGUCUAUAAGAUAUAAAUCGUGUUUGAUCGGUCGAUCACAUAACAAUUACCAUUAUCGAUCAAUAUAUUCCAUAGCUUUGCGUAAAGAUGAUCGUGCAAAAAACGCUGUAAUAUUAAUUUAAAGUAGAUACUGAUUAGGUUUGCAUUUUGAAUAGUAGAUCUUUUAGAGAAAAUAAAUAAUAGGGAUCAUUAGUAGAGACGGCGAAAGAUUAUGAAAGAUGUUUAUAGAAUCGAUCCACACGUUAUAUACGCCAAGUGGAAAAGAUUUCUUUUAGAAUUUAUUUAAUGAAACGAUUGAAUCUCGUGUAAAUACACUUUGCCGAUUCAUCGUUUCCUUUCCAAAAAGUUCCUUAUUAUUUAUAGUUUAACAUUACUACGUCGCAUUGUUAGAAAAUUCCUCGAGUACAUUGCUAGAAAUAACAAACAAAAUCAUUUUCACUAAAAGAUAUCACGUUUGUAAAAGGUAAAUGCGAUUCGUGAUAUGAGAGAUAUGGCAGACAGGAUUCGUAAAGCGAGAUCGGAACGGAAGAAAAAUCUCCGCUCUCUUCUAUAAUUGGAAUUGAUGGAUCGAAUGCAGACCACGUUUUGUCCGAGAAUCGUCAAGUAAUCGAUAAGAACGGCGCCUAGUCGACUAAACGAAACAACACAAAGAAUCUUUUCUCGAUUUUCUACGUCCACUUGCGUUCACAAAACGCUCCGCCGUUUUAUAAACGUACAAAUUAUAAAAAUCCUUUAACAAUAAUCAACGUACGUUUUGAAUGAUAAUACUUUUUACUCUUUUCAAAUUUUUUUAAACACAAUUAUUAUUUUUCUUUCUCUCCGAGUAUUUAUACAUUUAUCAAGCUUAUUUCUAGUCAAAAUUGCAAAAUACAUAUGUAUGUAAAGUAUGUAUAAAAUAGAUUGCUGUCGUUAAUAAUUACGUUGAAUUAUUCAUCAUUGUAUAUAAAUGCAUACGUAUAAAAUAGGGGUAAAAAAUAUAAUGUGUUAUAACAAU